AUGCUUCAGCGCUUGCCCGCGAACAACAUGAGCCGACGAUCCGGUCAAUCGGGUCCAGUUGUCAGUCAGAAGGCUGGGAUCGAAGAUUCAAGCAAGAAGGGCAGCAAGGUGGAGCCCCACCCUCGUCCAUCAACCCCAGCGAGUGGUCCGCGUAUCACACCCACUAUCACCCCGGUCAUAAACCCAUCUGCUUUCCAACCAGUCGACUCGUUCCAGCGGGAAAUAUCAGAGGAACAGCCUUCUCCUCGAGCCAUAAUCACGCCAACUCCUCCAUCAGCCGCUAUACGAACUCCCAUUAGGAAGUCGCAGUUCAUUACAAGCUCUCCUAAGGAAGCCCUCCAAAGAGCUCGGAGACGUGCCUUCCAUUAUGAUUACUAUGAUCUCCAUUAUCAUCACAUACGGAGCCAGGGACCCCACGCACAUGAAUACAUUGCGGAUGAAAAACAAGCUAUUCAGGAAGAGGUAGACCGGCGCCAAAUGACCAAAGAGGGGUACGGCAUGCGGGCUUCCAGCCGAACGAGUGACAACAUGAAGCGCACUGAAGCCAAGACGAUGGCUGCGCAGAUGUCGAACAUGGAAUUACUAAGUCAUUUCGAUUACAUUCAUCAAGGAUCUGGUGCCUACAAUAGUUACCAGCGAACUGCUAUUCGAGAUGAGCUGGACGAGCGCCCAGACGCGAGAGAAAUGUGGAUGGGAACUGAUGGUACUCACGGUCGAGGACGACCUGAGGCUCAGUAG